AUGCUGGAGCCGCAUCUAAACAGGCGAAAUGAAACCGAAUGUGGUCCAGCUGAUGUGAAAGUGACUGAAUCACAAAUGUCUUGGCGAGUUCCACCGGACGGAGUGCAAUUUACUAGCGGGACAGAAUGUGCAUUCACAUUUUCCACCGAUGCGGGCUUCAUUGUAGAUUUUAAAGUAACCAAAAUGGACUUGGGCAAUGAUGGUGGAACAUGCGAUGAAGACUUUAUACGCCUAGCGGACACACCGGAAGGAUUGGGAAAAAAUGCGACUGUAUACUGCGGGACUACUCCACCAAAAUCGGAUUAUACCUCGACAAACAAUGUAGUGCACAUAGUAAUCGGUUCCACUACAAAUCCGACCGAAAGCUAUGUGACCGGAUCUUAUUUAAUAGACGCAUCUCAAUCCGUUGUUCUAUUCCGAAAAGUUGUAUUACUGGGGAUUUGGCUCAAUUGGCUGAAUUCACGCUUCACUUAA